AUGUGUUGGCCAAUCAGUAGUAAAUUACCUGAUGUUAAACUCCCAAUUGUAGUUAAAAAUAUCGCGAAAGGCAAACAUGGGAGCGACUCUAGAACCUAUGAUGCUCAAGGAAGGUUUGUUCCUGCAAAAUUUGAAGAAACUUUCAGUAAGCAUGCACAUGCACACGAUGACUCUUUAACAUCGGAUGAAUUAAUGGAAAUGCUCAAGGCCAAUAGACAAACUAAUGAUUUCAAAGGAUCGGCUGCAAGUUUCACAAAAUGGAAGCUCUUGUACGAUCUAUCUAAAGAUAAAGAUAGAUUAUUGCAUAAAGAUACAGUAAGAGCUAUUUAUGAUGGAAGUCUGUUUUACCAAUUAGAGAAGGGGAGAAAAUAA